UUGAAUUUUCCCAAACACGGAAGUUGAUACGUCUUCAUGCUUCUACAAUAAUAAACUAUAGCUCGAACCUUUUCAGUCUCAUCUGAUUUAUGUAGGUUAAGUGAAAAUGCGUGACAGGUUUUACAAUGUACUCUUAAAGAUUUCGAGUUUUGUGUCAGCUUUCGAGUUUACGAGUGGAGUCGUGUUUGUAGUCACACUGUCAUGUGUCUUUAGCAUCGUAACUAAUCACUUGAACAUUUCGGUGCAUGCACUAAGUCUGGAUUCCAGCGUUCUUAUUAACGGCCAUGUUCACAGACUUCUUACCUAUUGCUUUUACCAUAAGGAUGUGGGCCAGCUCAUGUCUAGUGUGGCUGUACUGGUGUUGUUCUGCAGUGGAUUAGAGAAAGGAGUUGGCACAGUGCGAUUUUUACACCUUUUACUUUUUCUGGUAACUUCGAUUGGCCUAAUACAUGUCCUCCUGGAGCUGUUGUUGUUUUCACCAUCUACAAGGACCUCAGUUUCAGGCCUAAUCCCAGUAUCUCUUGCUAUGCUGGGGAUGGUGACCAUCAGGUCCCGCAUGACGAAGGCAUUCCUGCUUGGCUUUACUCUGCCCACUGCAGCUCUUCCUUGGUUCCUGAUGCUCAUUGUUUAUCUCUUUAUCCCAAAUACUGUAUUCUUAUGCAAUUUCCUGGCCAUAAUCACUGGGCAGAUGUAUGGCAUGAAAUGGUGUUCAGUGUUGCAGAUGUCUGAGUCCAAAGCUUGUGUAAUGGAGAAGACCGUGCCAUUCAGAUUGAUGAAGAAAAUAACAUGUAUACGUUUUAUCCCUGCAUCUGCCGGGGAACGAAAAAAGAUCCUGCACACUAUAUGCAGCCCGUCACCUGGCUCAUACCCUGUCCAGGCUUAUGCGCCAGCAUCUAUGCUUGCUUCUCAAACAACAGGAAAUGCUCCAAGCAGUGUAGAUGGUUGGUCAUAUUCAACCAUUACCCAACAGAACUUCACGAUGCCUUCACAAAACCCUGGAUAUAGCGUUGGGCCCAGAUUUGGAUCCAGCCAUGGACACAACUGUGGACAUAGCCAUGGACACAAUCAUCAGUAUCAGGCCAGAAAUUUCUGGAUGCCAAAGACUCCUUCUUCCCAUUCUCAUUUUAGCCCUCCUACGGAUAUGACUAUACAGUCUUUUGGUAACCCAUCACACGCAACAUCUCAAGCAGACUCUGUGUCCACCCAAAAAACAAAUAUAGUGAUGCCAUGACAAACAGAUGGAGAGCAUUAUCCAGUCACUCUGUGGUUAAACAUAACAAGCAAGCAAUUAAUCAGUAUAACUUCUUAUAUUGUGAAGCUAUACCUAUUAAAUGAUAUAGGGUGCCUUUCCUUUAUUCCAAUUUUUUGUUAUUUUACUUAGUUUUUCCCUCAUUAAUGUAAUGUAUACAGCAAAAAUAAAAAAUAAAUCAAUCUUACAUUUACAAAAAUCUAGUAUACAUACUUAUAUUUACAUAUACUCUUCUCUGAAAGUAUUGGAACAGCAAGGUCAGUUGUUUUGUUUCUGAAGAAAUUUGAGGUCUAUCAAAUUUGAUAGUAUAUCAACCAAUAGAACAGAAUUUCAGUUUUCAUUUCUUGAUAGCUCAUUAUUAACAAAUAAUUCAAAAAGCAGUUUUAUAGAAAUCUGGAUCUAGACUUCACAUUCUGUUGUUUUGUCCCCUCAAAUAUUAGGUCUGUUCUGGUAUAUAUUUAUAUGGAAUGUUAUAGAAAUUGUAUUACAAAAUAAAUAUAUUACAUAUUUUAAUGUCAGAUCCAUAAAAAAUAAAUAAAAUUGGACCUUAACAAAGUUGACUCAACACUUGACAGUGAUGAGGUACUACACUCACAUUAAAAGUUCAGAAAUUAAUUUUGAAUUCAUCAUUCUCUAAAUGUUAUUUCCUCCAAAGCCAAAAGAAGAAGAAGAUUCUCUAAAUGUUAUUUCCUCCACCAUGUCUGCUGAUAUCAAGGCAUGGAUCAUGGGGCAGGAUUCUUAACAAAAUACCUCUUUUAAGAGAAGUAAACUGUCAAUAAACAAAUUUUGUGUGUAUUUUUUGGGACAGUACCUGACAGCAUUUAGCCUCUGAGCAAGUCUACUUGUGAUGUGGGUAAGGAAACAACAUAACAGCCCAAGAAACAAACGAACAGUCACAAAUCUGGUUGGGGAAAAAUUACAUUAUUGUUGCUGAUCAUCAAUCUGGAAAUGGUUCAUCUCCAAAAAAAAUUCUGACACAAAGCUGCAAAUCUUCCCAGAUGAAGUGCAAGAUCAGGCUAUUUAAAGCUCAGAUAUGAAAGAAGAAGAAAAAAGAAAAACCCAGGAGUCGCAUUAUGUGACCUAAAGAAAAAAACUUUAAAUCUUAUGUUCAUGAAAACAACUGAACAAAUAUUGCUUUAAUGGAAUGGUGGCUAGGAAAAAAGCUCCUUUUCUCUAAAAAGAAUAGGUUUGCAAAACUACCUUAAUUUCCAAACAGGGCUACAAACACACAAGUAUACAACCAAUAAGCAGACACUACCUACCUUUUCUAUAAUGGAGCAUAAACAAAAUUAUGAUACUAAAUUAUAUUUACAGUUUAUUUAAAUAUAACUAAAUUAAAAUUAUAAUCACAUAAUACUAAAAGAAUAAUGAAACACUUUAUAAAUCAGAAUUUCUGCACCUUCAACCUUUUCCCCCGAUGAACAUGCUCAUUUUUUGUUAGCAGUUUGUUUUAGGACAUUUGGGACCCAACUGCAUAUUGAAAUUCCUACCACUUACAUUGGAUGCAUUUGCCUGUAAUUUGUCAGACAGGUUCUAUAGACCUCUGAAUUCAUUAUACUGCUACCAUCAUUUGUUACAUCAGUAAAGAUUGGUGAGCCCAUUAAAGAAGCAGCUAUGAAAGCCAAAGUCAUUACACUCCACUAGGUCAUAUUUGACCAGUGAACUUGUAUAUUUUGAAAAAUGAGUAGGUCAUGUUUUUCUGUUUAUUUCUUUUGUCUCUGAUUUCUCCUUUUAAUUCUUACUGCUGAUGUGUAGUUUGCAUCAUAUGCUCUUAAAAUC